CACUGCUCGUUACCAUUGAUACAACUGUUUCUAUAAAAUACGACAUGAAGGACAUGGGAAGCAACGAUAAGCCGUGAGCCGCAUGGACCUAGACGCUUCUCGAAUGAUUUUCCAAUUCCUUCUAGCUUUGCUUUACUGCUCAUCGCUAUGGCAUAGGCUUCAAUUCUUGGGAUUGGCAAAAAAGGCACGACGGUCACGACGUUUUGAAACCUCGGCUUCUUUUGCAUCACCCCAUCGACCAAUCCGCCUCCACGACGAGCGUUGGAUCUCCGUCAUCACAAGUACAACACAACGAGAGACGACUUAUGACAUAGACUUAUUGCCUUCAUUGACCUGACGCCAAGGUUCGGCCUGUCGCAGCACGAUUUUUUCGCAUCUCGAUCGAUACUUCGACUCGCAUUGUUUUUUAAUCUCUUUUUCAUGCCGACGAUUUCCGCUAAUAAUAUCUUGUAAUAU